AACGGAUUUUAUGAAGAUAGCAGUUCUGAUAGCGAUAUUAUCACUUGCGUUCUGUUAUAGAACACCACAAUAUGAGUCAGCACAAUAGGUCAUAGUUCAAUAUGCAGGAGGUCACAUAUUGGAAGCUCAAGCAGGAGUUCCAAGAUAAGUGGUUGUGGAUGUAAAAUUCAAGAAAGCUUUCGAAGUUCCCCCUUAAGUGUUUAUUUCAGCAUAAUUACUUGAUUGGAGUGUUGGCUUACCUCAUGGGUUUAUGGAAAGAGUUAGCGAUAUCACAACAACAGGUAAUUAUGUUGUAUUAUUAUUACAAAGGAUUCAAAUUGAGUGGAGUUGCAGUUGGACCCUCUCCUCUUUAUUCCUUAUUUGUUGAUUGGUAUGCAAUUUAUGAUCCCAGAAUUUAAGUAGUGACAUUUGAAUCUACAGAUGUUAAAGAAUUAAAAACUGGAAUAGGUGAAAGAAAAGUAUCAUAUACAAUUGAGCACAGUCUCAAAGAUGCUACAAAUGCUAUUGUAAGUUUAAUUGGUUGUAAACACUUAUUAACAAAUCCAAUAGUGGAAGUCAAAGUAAUUAGUCUUUUGCAUUUUAGGUUGAAUAAGUAACACCAAAAUCUGUCACUGUUUCAGUAAGAACAUAUUGGCAAGCAUAAUUGGAAUUUAUAAGAUUCAAUGUUCUUUUGGGUACUGAUCAAUCUUUAUGGGUUUCACCUGCAUAUGUUUUCUAUAAUGAUCCUGCUUCAAGUCAUCCAUUUGUUAAAAGAGCACCAAGUGCAGCUGAAGUUCCAUAAACUAUUGAAUUACCAAAAGUAUGGUAAAGUGGCCCAAGAGUACCUAUUGUUACUCUCAGAGGUUAUGAUGUUGAAAGAGCUAGAAAUAUGAGAUUGCAAUAUAAUAAAGUAGUACUUGAAUCAAAGUUAUCAUAUAAUCUAGUAACAUGUACUUAUUACGAUUAUUAUUUCUUUAGGGUGGGAUACUUAAAUUUAUGGAGUUUUCCAUUAGACAGCUAUUUUUGUUGCUGAUACAACUUAUAAAAUAUUUGAUCCAGAUUGUGCAGAGUUAUUCUCUGAAUGUAAUUUCAAGGGAGACUCAGUAACUGUUUGUGAUAGAAUUCCAGAUUUACCAGGAUAUGGAUGGUCUAAACCAAUCAGAUCCUUAACAGUUCCAGUAUCUAGAAGAUUAUAUCUUUUUAAUAAAGAAAAGUAUGAAGGUCAAAGAACUUCUUUCAUUGCAAACUAAUAAUGUAUGGAAUCUAUAACCUUUUCAUUUGCAUAACUCUAAUCAUAUGAAGAAGAAGAUCAUCCUGUUCUUGCAAGUUAAUGAAUUUAAUAUAAAAACAAUCAAUG